CUUGCAGAUUGCAUGGCCUGCUUAAGAGCUGAGCAGAAUUUCAGCAUUAGACAUCUAACUUUGUCAAAACAUGUCAGUUGGGUUCAAUAGUAGAGCUGUAGAGGGCAAAUCCUCCUGACUCUGCUAAAAUGACUUCCUUUAGAUUUUUUUUUUCCCCUGGAGCAAAAUGCUAGACUAUACUGCAGAGGCUGACCUGCUGCAGCAGAAGCAGCAACAAAGGGACAGAACAAAGCUCCCAAAAGGGUUUAUUAGUUCACGUGGCAGGGGGAAGUGUUUAACACCGUGAAUAAUUCUUCAAGGGCUGCGCAGUAUCUUCCAUUUACACCAAGGAAUCCAUCAGAAUUUUACAGUGGUGGGUUAUACCAGCUGACUUUACCAUCUGAGAAAAAGUACAUAGCACGACCUCUGUCCAAGUAAGUGCUUUUUAAAUGCAGCUUCUGUAAUUAUCAGCUUGCCUUAGCUGUACUGAGUGUUGCGUAUCUCUCUAGUUCAGGAAAGACACUGGGAAACCGAACUGCAGCAUAUAUAGAACAGACUUCGUUUCCUUCCCAGAUCACAAACCAGACCAAACGCUAAGGAGAGCCAUGGUGGAAAAACUGGAGGGCCUGCCAAGGCAGCACUUCUUCACCCAUCAUGAGGAGCCAAGAAGCCGCAAUUUAGUAUCGGAGUAUGAUGAUAAAUACAACAGACAUGGUUACAACCCUGUGCUGCCUCCUCUCCGCAAGUGGAGUGGAUCCAAGUCUUCCUGGAUUCCUCAGAAAUCAGAUUUCCCCAUUACUGAACCACCCACCAACUAUGGCCUUCUUGAGCACCUGAUGAAAAAAUGGCACAAGAAAGAAGCUGGAGUGAUGAACAGCGUCUACACCAUUUCCUAUGAAACCCCAUCAAUUCCUGCUUUUGCUACUCAUCAUCUGAGACAACCACCUAAAACUCCUGGUCUCCCUUUCAUCCAGGGAAGUCUUCCCCAGAAUGUCAGUGGAAUCCUGGACUAUGAAAGGCUUAGAAAUAUCUGCAAGUCAUCAGCUGACUGGUGAGAGCCAGCAGAGCAAAGGGACGCCUCUGUCUAAACUGCUUAGGGUGACCUUAAGUACUACUUAAAUUAGCUUUGCUCAUGGACGUGGGAAUGAUCUGUUCCAUGCACAAGCAAUGAGAAUUAGGUCAUCUAGGCAGAGGGCUGUCUACUAGUUAGAACAAGUUGCUGGUUACAUUCUGUCUUGCAGAUGGCUGGGAAAUUUUCAGAACAUAUUAAAUCA